UGAAGAUCCGAAUAACACCAGAGAGAGACCAGACUCUUACUCUGACAGCGGGAGUACUUCAGGGGAACCAGACCCAGAGAUGCCCAAACCAGYGAAACCACACCACUGCUCCCAAUGUGGAAAURKAUUUUUCUCAUCAGGUGACCUGAAAAAGCAUAAGAGAACACACUCUGUAGAGAGGCCUUUCCAAUGCUCUCAGUGUGGAAAGAGAUUUAUCCAGUCAUCACAUUUGAAAGAGCAUAAGAUAAUACACACAGGAGAGAAGCCUUUCCAAUGCUCCCAGUGUGGAAAUAGUUUUACCCGGUUAAGGGACCUGAAUAGGCAUAAAGGAAUACACACAGGAGAGAAGCCUUACCAAUGUUGUCAUUGUGGACAGAGUUUUAGGUGGUUAGUGACCCUGAAAACACAUGAGAGGACACAUACAGGAGAGAAGCCUUUCCAAUGCUCCCAGUGUGGGAAUGCUUUUACACGGUUAGAGAAGCUGAAAGAACAUAAGAGAAUUCACACGGGAGAAAAGCCUUUCCAAUGCUUGCAGUGUGAAAAAAGAUUUAUCCAGUCAUGGCAUCUCAAAGAGCAUGAGAGGAUACACACAGGGGAGAAGCCUUUCCAAUGCGUCCAGUGUGGAAAGAGUUUUAUCCGGUUAAGGUACCUGAAUAAGCAUAAAGGAAUACACACGGGAGCAAAGCCGUACCACUGUUCUCAUUGUGAACAGAGUUUUAGGUGGUUAGUGAGCCUUAAAACACAUGAAAGAAUACACACAGGAGAGAAACCUUUCAACUGCUCUCAAUGUGGAAUUACUUUUACCUUGUUAGGGAGCCUGAAAUCACACCAGAGGACACAUGAUAAAAGYCAUACCACUGCUCUCAUUGUGGAAAGAGGACAUGAAAUCACAUGAUCGAAUAUAGAGGCUGGGGCCAUAUUUGCGAACAUAAGCAAGCAUUUAAAGUUAAAUAGUUUUCACACACAAAAUGCAUAUCAGCCAAUGAAAAGUGUUGAUUUACUUACAUGUGACUGACCGCUAAUUUGUAGCUGCUCCCAUCAGAUAACAUUAACCCUAUGCUAACCUCCCCAGUUGGCAGUGAUUACAUCCUGGCACAACUUCUGCCUCAGCCUAUCAAAUAUCUUAGAUAUUCUAUACACCAACCAAUGGUAUUUCUUAAAAUAGGUCAACCCUGGCCAUGYGUUUUUAAGGGAAAAAGRUAAAUCAGGUCCUUACAAAAAAGUUUAUCAUCGUUAAAAAACAAAGAGCCAUAUGGAUUUAUCAAAUAGUGUAGCAGUCAUGUAGUCUAUUAMCAGUGGUGGAUAAAGUMCCCAAUUGUCAUACUUGGGUAAAAGUAAAGAUACCUUUGUUAGUUUCUAAUUUUCAGAGUUAAAACUCAAAGGAGACUAUGAAAGCUUAAACCAAGUUUAUUCUUCCCAGAGGAUCAAUGCAGCUGUAUUGUUACACCAUGUAGGAGCAGUAUAGACCGAGGUGCUCAUUUUGAUCUGUUUGACUGAUUCAGAUCUGUAGCAGUGGAGGCUGCUGAGGGGAGGACGGCUCAUAAUAAUGGCCAGAAUGG